AUGUCCGACUUGGAGCCUACAAUGGCGGCGGUUUCCUCCUCGCCGUCGCUGCCGGCCGUGGACUCGAGUACCUUGACCUAUGCCUUUUUGGUACACUCUCAAAAGACUCUGACCCAGAAUUUACCUCCUCGAGUGGACAACAAAUUACUCGCUCGACAAAAGCGUCGUCGAACAAGCCCCGAAGACCAUGCUAUUCUCGAGGCCGAAUAUCAAAAGAAUCCCAAACCCGAUAAACUUGCUCGCACUCAGAUCGUGAAUCGCGUCUCGCUGGGCGAGAAGGAAGUACAGAUUUGGUUUCAAAAUCGCCGCCAAAACGAUCGGAGGAAAUCCAAACCGCUCCAACCUCACGAGUUGCUUGCACCGGGCUCAAGUAUGUCCGCCUCAUCGGGCCGCCAUCCAACAAGUGACGAUAGCGCGUCUGCGGAGCCUGGGUCAUCGAGUGGGGCAGAGCAUGUUGAUGACCCCCAGCCAUCCGGCUGGAGUGAUGGGUUGUUGCAUCUAUCAGAUAAUUCUGAUCCGAUCAUGGAGGAAGAAUCAGUAGGACGCGGGGAAGAAGAAAAGGAUGACAUCGAGGCGGUAGGCCCAAGCACACAAUCUACCGUUUCAACAGAGGCCGUGGAAGAGACUCCGCCAACCACGCAAGAAGAGUUUCCUGGCGCACACUCCCAACAGUCAUCGCUUGAGAAAUUCGUCGGGGGUUGCGGAGCCAUUCCGAAACGGAAACGCUCGUCGUCAGAGCUUCGAGGGGAAUUGACAGCCGAUCGGGCCGCGGCGCAGGUAUUCGCCACACCGGUCAAGUCACCACCGUCUCUGCGCUUGUCGUUCUCCUUUGACGGAGAAGCCAUGGUGCGCAAGGAAGAUGAAAUGACUCCUUCGCCUCCAACGGGCCGACAGUCGUUAAGAAUCGCCAUGUCUUCAGACGGCAAGGCCGUCAUUCGGGGUGAGAACGAACCCUCUCCGUCCAAGAAUCGGGUGGCUAUGUUCUCUGUCCGUAGACCGCAAUUCACAGGUCUCCGCCGCAGCAGCAGUGCAAUCUUCCCGGUCACGCCGCGGACAGCAACAUCUGAGACUGAUCGCAUGUUCGGACGCUCCCGCGAUGCCCGAAACUGGGAGUCUGCUUUUGACACCGAUGCUCGCAGCGCCCUUGCAACGCCAAUGUCCUCUCAUAACCCCCUGGGAUCGUCUCCAGGACUCUUCCGCUCUCACAGCCAGCGCUCUCUCGCUCGCAGUGUCUCGCAACGCAACAGCAUGGCCUCGGUUCUUGCUGAUGCGGCACGUACUCCAAUCUCCGAAUCCAUGGGAGAGAAGAGGCGAAAGCUUUCUCGAGCAGUCUCUUCUCUCGGGAGACUCGAGACGGAGCGUAGCCGAAGCUUGCAUUACCAAUUGUCCAGUCUUAAAGAGACGCCGUCCAAGAUCGGCAAAGCAGACAUGGAAUUUGACCUGGGCGAUUCAGACAAAGAGAACUGGGUGCCUGGCACACGGUCAGCACAAAUUCGACGGCGGAACGUAUCCUCGGCACCUCGCCCUGCGUUGCGGGAUGCUAACCGAAGAACUGGACUCGGGAUCUCAUCAAACGGCAGACGCAACCGACAGCUUCCCUCCGACGGCCAAGGGAAACCAGAGCCGGAACUGAGUGCCGAAGUGUCUGCGUUCAUGGCCGGUGCGGGCAGUAGUCCCAAGGAUGAUCUUGACUGUGUCCAGGGACUGUUGUCUCUCAGUCAGGGUGCAUGGCGCUGA